UGCUGCAUGGGAACCCAGGAGGAAGGCUUCCCCACGCAGGAAGUCGACCAGAGGGGAAGGAGGGAGUGCCAGGAGGAAGUGGAGCCUCAGUAGAAGCCCUCAUCCCUGGGCAAAGAAAAGAGAGGCUCCGUAGGGCCUGCAGGCUUCCCUGCCUAGCCCCGGUGCCCCCGUGGCUGGGGAUGGCCGUGGACAAAGCCCCCGUGGCCGGGCCCUAGUGCUGCAGGCUGAUGCCCCUCUGGGCUCGGCCCAGGCCACUGACCCUCCGCCCCGCCUGAGGUCAAGGGCAGCAUGGCCUCGGGAGCGGGCCCGGCCUUCGAAGAGCUGCCCCACGACGGCACGUGCGACGCCUGCGAGCCGGACGAGGCCGAGAGGGCUGUGCAGCUCUGUGACAGCUGCGGCUUCUGCUACUGCCAGCCCCACGCCCGCGAGCACCGCCAGAGGUACCGCAGCCACCGGCUGUGGGACUACGGGGGCCCCGACGGGCAUCCCGGGGAGCCGGAGAAGCUGGAGAGGAAGAAGUGCUCCGAGCACGACCAGGAGCUGAGCCUGUACUGCAAGGAGGACGAGCAGCUCAUCUGCACGCUGUGCGCCGUGGCCGGCUCCCACCAGCAGCACGCCCUCAGCACCUUGGACGAAGCCUACGAGACCAUGAGGAACAGAGAACCAGUGGAUCUGAAGGUGGCCAUGCUGGAGAUGGUGGAGAGGCUAAAAUUCAAGUGUGGGGACCCCAGAGUCAGCCGGAGCGAGAUGAAGGUCUGUAUCCAGCAGGAAUUCGACAAGGUUCGGCAGCAGGUCUGUGAGGAGGAGCGGAAGGCCCUUCACCUGGUGGACCUCCAGGAAGCUGUGGCCACAGCCCACGUGACGGAGGUCCUGGCUGAAAUCCACGUCCACAUGGAAAAGUUGAUGGCGGAGAUGGCUGAGAUCAGACACCAGCUUGAUGCCUUCAAUGAGUUGGCUUCGAUGAAACCAGAGAUCAGAGAUGAAGAAUUCAGACUCAAUCCUUUCCCGGCCAUCCCUCCAAACCAUGGGUCUCAUAGAUAUGACAACGAUGACCCUUCAUCAGCCAACGGGCCCUUCUGAGAGGCAGAAGCCAUCGAUUUGCUGGAUGGAGGAGAGCUUUGUCAGGAAAAUCCCUCAUUAACCAGCCCCCUAAGCAGGAAAACAUACAGGAGAAGAGAAAAAAACAAUGAAUGCUUAAUUGUUUGUGGCAGCAGCAACACAAAGUCCUCAGUUCUUCAUAUGUAUGUGAAUACGUGUGUUUUCACCCUCCUACUUCUCCACGAACUUCUCAACAAGAGCUGUAUCCCCAGCCCCCAGAUUUGUGACCUGCCCCUAGACAUGCAUCUCUCCCAGGGCUGUGGCCUUCUGUCUGUCUCGUGUCCCUCGGUUCUGUCGUGGUGGGCUUCAGGAGCAGUUCUAUGCCAGGGCCAGGGUAGAAGGGUCCUUUGUGAAAUCUCCCGGAAGCAAGUUUGCACUGACUCAGGGAAGGCUGUUCUCUAGAAGAACCCAGUAGUAUCCAGAGGUAUCAGGGUUGGGCAGGGUGGGCUCUUUUGCCCCUACCCACCACCACCACCAACAACAACAACAACAAAAAAAAAAAACCACUUUGGUUCCAUUACAUCAUGACAAAGUUGGACCCAGUAAUGGAGCUCUUGUGUUGAAUUGAUGUUCUUCCAAAAGUCUAACCCUGGUGUUUUGAGAAGAUGUGGCCAUUAAUUAAGAUGGAUGCCUUUGCAAUGAAGGAAAGAAAUAGCCAUGUGAGACUGAAAGAUACCCAGGUAUUUUUUCAAUGAUGGGGUUGCCCAGGACUUCAGUUUCUUAAUUCAGUGCUGAGAGAUUAACCCUUGACUUUGGUGAAAGUUUGCUUCAGUUAAUUGGCACACUGAUUGCCCGAGUCUUCAAGGUCACCUCUCAAAGGUUCCUAGAACCAUGUUGUCAGAGCUUGGUUUCUCUUUGGGAAUUUUGUAGAUUCCCAUGUUACUCACAACACAUUAAAAGGCCAGGAUAGUCAUGAAAAUGAAGUGGUAGCUUUGGUAUGGGUUUCUGCUCUUCUUGUUCUUGUUUCAAAAUGGAGUGAGAUCCUUGUAUCUAAGUGAUAUGUUGAGUUGAUCUUCAACACAUGUUUAAGGUUUUCUAACAUCUCCUAACUCCUAGAAGAUAACCAUCCUUUAUAGCCCUCUAUAACUAGAAACCUCUAAGUUAUUUCCAGCACCCUAGCUUUUUUCAACUAAUGGAGAAUCACAGACAACCAGAGAAGGAUUAGAGGGUUUUUUUUCUCUAACCUUGUCUGCAAGUUCACCUUCCUUUGGAAGCUCUGGUCUUUGGGAUACAGCACCACCAAGUCUCCUUCUGACUCCUCUAAGUCAGAACCAAAGAAAAAAGCCUGAUCCCUGAGGAUGGAAACCCAACAAGGCCUACUUGACGGCUGCCCACAUCAUGACACCUACAGCUCAGUGAUUUUCUGCUCCGGAGGGGUGGAUUGGGAGGCUUCAGUGUGUGGGUGGGCAAUGGUUUGCUGCAACUGGUCCCCAGAGAUGAAAAUGGAACUGGUUUUCUCUUGGAAUUCCAAUUUUUGCUGUUGAA